CGUUGCUGACCUUCCGGCGCCAACAGAAGUCCCAUGUUUAAAAGGCGGAAUGCCCGUUCUGCAUAUCCUGUGAAAACAGGAUGCCAACAACACUUGACAGCAGUUUCUGGACACGCAACUUCUUUAUCCACGCCGCUUCUAUCUUCCCAAGAACCCCCCUUUUACAUUCUCUUCUUAACAACCAUGCAAUGCAACCCCGUCCCUGACUGCAUCACGAUGAGAACAUCCCGCACACCUGAGAAGACUUAUCAUCAUCCAACUUUGACGCGCCGGAGAUGAACCGACCCAGCCAGCCCAGCCAGCCCAGCCAGUCUACCACAUCAGCCCUAGUCAACGAACCAUACGAGCAAGGACCGACCGGCCUCUGUCUCUCUUGUCAUCAAAUCAAAAGUCUAGUGUCCACCCAUCAUAAUUCCUCCUUCGACUCAUCAUCAAUCAUUAUGAGUAAAAAGAAGAGACCCGCUCCUCCCCAAAGACAGGAUGUCAUUGUCCGAUGGAAGAACUACUUUGGCGCCGGUGAUCUUGAAGAUUGGCAGCGUCUGUGUCAGGACCUGGGGUUGGAUGGUGAAUUUGGCAGCAAGACGAAAUGUCGAACGGCUCUUAAAAGCAUCAACGUCAACAUCUGGGACUUCCUCGAUGCCGUCGAGGUGGGGAACAUCCCGCAAAUGUUUCUCACCAAGAAGGAACUUGUCAAGUACACUACGAAGACUGGACGGAUAUUUCCCAGAGAUGAAGCGAAGGACAUGGGGCCGGUGGCAGCUCUGCUGAAGAUCUUGCGUUAGGUUAUGGAUUGUGGUGCUUGAGUGGCCGAGAUAUGUGGACGAAGGGAAGCUGAAAAGGGUGAAAUGUCUUGUGGUAUGGUUGUCGAAAUACACGACUUUUAUGUGCUUGGACAAUACCUACCGAAACGUAUGUGCCUCCAGAGUGGUUCUGUGUGAAACGGCUCAGGGACCUCUUUGUGAAGAUGUAACGGUUGUUGGUGCAUUAGAACCUAGCUCCUUGUUCAAGAAGACCUUGGUGGUAACCGAUGAGCGUCUGGAUGCUCACGGAAUGAUUCCGCAUUGUCUUCCGCAUGCAAUCUAGCAACGCUUCAUCUGUUUUGGGAGGUUUCAGCUUCAAGCCAUCCCUUUACGGCUAGAGGUAUUGCUGCAACCGAGGUGACCAUUUACGAUGAUCAACACAAGUCCGAUGGAGUGAUGUUGGUGGCGUGCUCUAUGACAGAAAGUCAGUUUGUCAUUGC